CAUCAUUUUCUCAUCGUUGCCUUUGCUCCUUUGCUUCCCCAUUUUCUCUCUUUCCCUUCGUCUUCCUCGUUUACAUGUUUCCAUCUUCAAGCCCAUUUAUAAGUUGGAGCAACUUUCUAGUGGCAGCUGGUCAUACUGUCUUGACCUUUUCUUUUAGCUGCUCAAAAUCAAGAAAGUCAUAAAUAACUGUGUGUGUGUGUGUGUGUGAGUGUGAGAGAGAGAUAGGGAGAGAGCAAAAAUGGCAAGGACAAAAACCACAAAGGGGAGAGAGAAUGAGCAGAAGAAAGGGCUGUGGACAGAGGAAGAAGACAAGAUUCUCAUCGACCACGUCGAGGCCCAUGGAAAAGGAAAAUGGAACACCAUUGCUAAGCGGACAGGGUUGAGAAGGAGCGGGAAGAGUUGCAGGUUGAGGUGGAUGAAUUAUCUGAGCCCAGAUGUGAAGCGAGGUAGUUUCUCUGAGGAAGAAGAAGACCUCAUCAUUAGACUCCACAAGCUCCUUGGCAACAGGUGGUCUUUGAUUGCGGGGAGAGUGCCGGGUCGAACCGACAAUCAAGUGAAGAAUUACUGGAACACACAUUUGAGCAAAAUGCUAGGCGUCAAAAUGCGGCGUGCUCGGUCUAGCACAUCGACGAGUUUCCAGCCGGCGACUACUUCUACAUAUCCAUGUUCCUCCGAGAGAGGCUCCGACAAGAAACCGGGCGAGGACCUGAGACCGGAUGGCGCGAAAUGGGAUACUAGAGAACCAACCGUUAGAGGCCAAUCGAUGAGCCACUUUUGGGAUUUUGAGAGCGAGCUCGGUGAGCUUGGGAUGAUGGAGUUCUUGCAGGGGCAGCCUCACGAUCUAUCUUGGCUUAAUUCGUGAACAACCUCUCGGCGGACCAUCUCAUUCCCUUUCCCAAUUUCAUAUUGCAAAAAAUAGGAAGAUCUGUCAUCUAGCAAAAGGCCUAAAGAAUGCCCUGCUCACCGAGCAGAGAAUUAGAGUCUUUUGUAACAAGACAUCUUGAAUAAGCUUUGAGACAUGGGCUGUGAAGACAGUCUCAAUGCAGCAGCUGCUGAUUUUUCAGUCAAAGCAUGCUUCUUUC